AAAAGGCGAUGAGCUUUCUUGGUUUCUCCGACGAUGACGGCGGGGAUGGGGCCUUGACCGGCAUGGAGCUCCCGUUCCCCGGCGCUGGCACCGGCGUCUUCAUUCCCACGCCGGCUCUCUCCGUCGCCACGGCGGACGCCGCAGGCCAUGGCGGCGACGGUGGGCGCGUGGUUCCGGUGGGCUGCGCCGGCGGCGGGACGGUGCGGAGCGCGUCGGAGGCGGAGAACGAGAGACGAUCGCGGACGAUAGACCACCUCGACGUCGUCUCCGGAGGUGGCUUCGGCCGCGACGACGAUGCGGCAUGCGGCAUGCCCCGCAAGCGCAAGAGGCCCUACGUCCGCCACUCGUCGGAGCAGAUCCAGGAGCUCCAAGCGUUGUUCGACAAAUGUCCCCACCCGGAUGAGAUGCAGCGUGCGGAGCUCAGCAGGAGGCUCUUCCUGGACCCAAGCCAGGUCAAGUUCUGGUUCCAGAACCGGCGCACGCAGACUAAGGCGAAGCUUGUGCGGGAUGAGAACGUGCAGCUGAGGCAGGAGAACGACAGGCUGCGCGCCGAGAACCUGUGCAUCCGGGAGGCGAUGAGGCAUCCCGUGUGUGGUAACUGCGGCCGUCCGGUGGUGCUUGGGGUGUUGUCCCUGGAGGAGCAGCACUUGCGCGCCCAGAACGCGAGGCUCACGGAAGAGCUCAGCCGAGUCUGCGCUGCCUCUUCCGAGUUCCUUGGGAAGUCCAUUUCUCUCCCGGCGCCGCUGCAGACGCAUCAGCCAGAACCAAUGCCAGGCUCGCGAGUGCAGCCUGCGGCCGGUGGAGUUGGUUCAGUGCCGUCGACCACAGUGGCCAGCUCGACGAUCACUGAGUUCACUGGCACUGCGUCCACUUCAAGUGGCACGGCGAUCAUGACCAUGAGUGAGGAACCGCUGGAGAUAGCUGGCAUUGACAAGUCAGUGCUCUUGGAGCUCGCAAAGAGUGCAAUGGAUGAGCUUGUCAAGAUGGCGCAAAUGGAGGAUCCGCUGUGGACUCCAAGUGUUUCCCUUUCUGACUCCCCUGCCAAGGAGACACUGAACUAUGAAGAGUACCUGAACACCUUCUCACCAUGCAUAGGGGUAAAGCCUGCAGGAUUUCAAUCUGAAGCCUCUAGGGAGUCUGGUAUUGUAAUCAGUGAUGAUAGUGUUGCGCUUGUGGAGGCGCUCAUGGAUGAGAGACGGUGGUCCAACAUAUUCUCGUGCAUGGUCGCCAAGUCAUCGACCAUCGCGGAGAUCUCUACUGGAGUAGCAGGAAGUAGAGAUGGUGCAUUGCUGCUUAUACAGGCAGAGCUACAAGUGCUUUCACCUCUUGUCCCUAUUAGGAAGGCGACCUUUCUCAGGUUCUGCAAACAGUUGGGUGAGGGUGCAUGGGCUGUAGUAGAUGUCUCCAUUGAUGGAUUGGUGGUGGAUCAAGGCCUAGCUGCGGCAUCUACUACUGCAAACAUGAAUUGCCGGAGGCUGCCUUCUGGUUGUUUGGUGCAACAAGACACCCGCAAUGGCUUCUGUAAGGUAAAAUGGGUCGAACAUGCAGAAUAUGAUGAAUCUUCAGUGCACCCGCUCUACCGGUCUCUCCUUCGGUCAGGCCUUGCCCUUGGUGCAGGGCGGUGGCUCGCAACGCUACAGCGCCAGUGCAAGUGCUGGGCCACUCUCCAGUCAUGCGUUGCAGCGUGGGAGCAAUACUCAUCAGAUGUGCUGGCAGCAGGAACACAGAGCUUGCUGAAGUUGGCACAGAGGAUGAUGGAGAGCUUCUUUUCAGGAGUGAGUGCAUCAUCUGCUCUUGAAUGGAGCAAACUGGAUGGCUUCACAGACAACAUUGGGAAUGAUGUGCGUAUCAUCGAAAGGAAGAGUGUGGAUGAACCUGGGGUGCCACCUGGUGUGGUGCUCUGUGCUGCCACAUCUGUAUGGAUGCUUGUGACACCUGAACGGCUUUUCCAAUUCCUGUGCGACGAGGGAACACGCGCGGAAUGGGAUAUCCUCAGCACUGGUGGCCCUAUGCAGGAGGUGACAAACAUUGCCAAGGGACAACAAGAUGGGAACACCGUAUCUCUAUUGAGGACCAACACCACAAACACCCAGCAGAACGGCAUUCUGAUCCUACAGGAGACAUGCACCGAUGCAUCUGGCUCAAUGGUCGUUUACGCCCCAGUGGACAUCCCAGCAAUGCAUCUUGUCAUGAGUGGAGGUGACUCGGCUUCUGUCCCGCUCUUGCCAUCCGGUUUUGUUAUUCUGCCUGAUGGACCUACCAUACCUGGUGAUGGGCACAAGACAUGCGGCUCGUUGCUCACCUUUGCAUUCCAGAUACUUGUGAAGAACAGCGAGCCCACCGCAAAGCUCACUGUGGAGUCGAUACAGACUGUGAACAACCUGAUCUCUUGCACCAUUAACAGGAUCAAGACGGCGCUGCACUGUGACGUCUGAACCUGGAAAUGGAAAACCUUUUGGUCUGGAGUGAGCAGCUGGGUAAGAAUCUGAGUCAAGAACGAACCGUGAAAUUGGAGUGACCUUUGCUAGGUGGUAAGGACUGGAUGGAUCAGGUCCUUAGCACAGAGCAAUGGUGGUGGUUCGGGUAUUGACUCAGCCUCCCCUUGCGGACUCCCUUGACAAGGCUAAUUUGGUAGAAUUUGGAAGCACAUCUGCAGGAGGCUAGGUUUUCCUUUUCUUUUGUGCAUCUUUCUAGACUUCAAAGGGAGUCAAGAGUCCCUGAUUUUGUGCAUAUUUCUAAAAAAAAUUGUUGCAUGGCUCGUGGUGUUAAGGGGUCGGUUCCAUGCUUUUGAUAGAGAGAUGGGAUGCUGAUAGUUAUGAGGUUGCAUGUUUUGGUUACAGCAGGUGAUGCUUGUACCUAUGAGGUUCCAUGUUUUUGUUGCAACCAGAUGUGAUGUUUGUUGGAGCCUCGUAAGCUAGGAGGAGUUAUAAUGUUCUAUAAAGAAUCAACAAUGCUAUAGUACUAGAAGGGUACGCCCGCGUUGUUGCGCCGUACUUUUCUCUAUUUGUCGUUCAUAUUAUCUCUGUUUUAUGUGAUUGUUUUAAUAUAA